AAUGAUAACAAGUGAAGCUAAGCUGUAAAUUAAAGCAACAAAUUCAGCUCACAUGGUCAAUAUCCAGUUACUUUGACCGGGGAGCCUUGUCCUUGUAACAGUUCACAAACUUAAGCAAGAAACUUAAGGGAUACAAUGCUGUACACAUUAAAGCCAUUCUUGAUCUAAACCUCUGAAGAUUAAAACAAGAAGGGCAGAGCAAUGAGGAAUGAUUCUCCUCUUCAAGCUGUAUGAAAAAGGAACUGGCCUCUCAACAACAUAGGAAGAUCUCAAACCCAUCUUGUUAGGUAAAAAAUCCAUGACAAAAUUGGACAAGUGUGGAGUCAUAAACUCAGGAGUUAGGACACUUCACAAAAGCAAGAAGAGUCUGCUCCUUAGGCUAGACCCAUUCCAUGCAAACAUUAAAUUUCCUUUCCAAUGUUGAUUUGCUCAUCUAUACCAUGAUUACAACAGCUAACAGAAUGCAUUCACUGGAUUGAAACCCACCUUCUUUACUUCUUGAACAAUGCCUCUGAACUUAUCAAGAUUUGUGGUGAAGACUCUAGCAUAACAAAUCCAUUGAUUCAGA